UUGACUCGAACAGAAUAUGGAUGCAUGACUUGCUUCAAGAAAUGGGUCGAGAAAUCGUGCGGCAAGAAUCUCCUGAAAAUCCUGGCAGGCGUAGUAGACUCUGGUAUCAUGAAGAUAUUCUGAGAGUCUUCCGGGAAAAUUCGGGAACAAACUCUGUUGAAGGUAUUAAAUUGGACAUGCUUGGGCCUGAAGAGGUGUUUAUGGGUAGAAAAUCCAUCAAGCAGAUGAAAGAGCUUAGGCUGUUUCUGGUGGGUGACAUACAUAUAUCUGGAUGCCCCGGGUAUCUUUCAAAAGAUAUUAGGUGGCUCGAUGUGCAUGGAAACAACUUGCCAGCAACGGUGGAGAGCUGUGAUCCUGAGCAACCUAGUAUUCAUGACGAGAGCUGUGAUCCUGAGCAACCUAGUAUUCAUGAUUCCAGUCCCACCGAACCUGCAAAUAAUGAGCAACAUCAUCGUCCCAUCAAAAAGAUCUUGUCUAGAUUUAGAUUCAAAGGUGCAGCAUCAAGAAACUGCAGAGGUGCUCUGUCAGACUUUAAAAGUAUUAUGGCCACCCCACUCAAGCUUCCCCAGUUUUUACGUUUCGAAAGACACAAUGGUUACAGUCGUAACAUUGGCAAAGCAGACUUUGACAUGGAUAUGCUGUUGGAGGAAUAUUCGGCAUUUAAAAUAGUUUCAAAGGCAGAGCUGGUUUGCGCAACAAAUAACUUCUCUGAUGAUAAUAAGAUUGGAAUAGGUAGCUCCGGUACAGUGUAUCGCGGGAUAUUGGGUGAUGGGCAGGAAGUGGCCAUCAAGCAGAUAGAAUUAACUGCCCGAUACAAAAUUGACGCAGUCAUCACCGAGGUCAAAACUCUUGGUCAUGUCAAACAUAAGAAUCUUAUUCGGUUGUUGGGAUUUCAUGCAAGACAUAGUGAGUGCGCCAUAGUGUAUGAGUACAUGAAUCAUGGCUCGCUGUACUACCACCUUCACACUAUCGGAAGCUCGACUUUGAUGUCCUGGAAGGCACGGCUCAAGGUGGCGCUGGAUGUCGCUAGGGGAAUCGAGUACUUGCAUGAAUUUGCAGGUCCUCGAAUAGUACACCGAGACGUCAAGUCAUCAAACAUAUUGCUAGAUGAAAACUGGACUGCUAAAGUUUCGGAUUUUGGACUCUCUGUACUUCUUCCUGAGGGUGAAGAUGACUUUGAGGAUGAUCCGAAAGGCACCUUUGGUUAUUUGGAUCCAGAAUACUUCAAUACCUCAAGAAUAACGACUAAGAGCGAUGUGUAUAGCUAUGGCAUUGUGUUGCUUGAGUUGUUAUCUGGACGCAAACCACUUGAUAUGAAUGAAGAUGGCAGGAGAUUGAUAGUGGAUGUCGUAGUUCCAUGCAUCGUUGAGGGUGAAAUUGCCCAAGCUCUGGACCCAAACAUGCCAAUUCCUGCGCCGUUCGAGAUGACGGCAGUGGCACAGAUAGCGUACCUCGCUGUGGAUUGUGUUAAGAAAUAUUCCAGAAACCGCCCCUCGAUGACUUGUGUAGUGGACCGCCUAAGGAGUGCUUUAGGUCAACUCUCAUCCGAAUUCUGUGAUAACAUGGAAACUAGCGGAUAUUGCAAAUCAAGUCUAUACUCAUCUCAGUUGAGUGAUGACACAGAAGAUGACAGAUCUUGCAAUUCAAGUCUAUACUAAUCUCAGUUGAGUGAUAACGCAGAAGAUAAUGAUCUUGCAAUUAAAGUCUGAUGCUAGAAGAAGACAUUACCAGAGAAAUCGCCAAGAAACAAUAUGGACAUUAAAAAUUUACGUGGUGAUAAUUAUUGUAAAUUUAUUUUUAGAGGUGGAAAGAUUUUCAUAGGUAGCGGAUUCUGCUUCCACUUAUCGUUUUGAUAGCCUUGAGUUUUAGAUUUAUUUUCUCUUUGCCCGAAAUAAAGAGACAAGUUCAUGGUCCAUACUAUAUGAUCGAACGAAAGAAGGAUGAU